AUGGCUUCUCGCAAGAAAGUGCUCUUGAAGGUCAUUAUUCUCGGAGACAGUGGCGUCGGAAAAACAUCUCUUAUGAACCAAUAUGUGAAUAAAAAGUUCACCAAUCAAUACAAAGCGACGAUCGGAGCUGAUUUUUUGACCAAGGAAGUCAUGGUCGAUGAUCGUUUGGUUACUAUGCAGAUUUGGGACACCGCUGGCCAAGAACGAUUCCAAUCUCUCGGUGUGGCGUUCUAUCGUGGAGCAGACUGUUGCGUGCUAGUGUACGACGUGAACAACGCGAAAAGUUUCGAAACACUGGACAGCUGGAGAGAUGAAUUUCUAAUUCAAGCAUCACCUAGAGAUUCAGAUAAUUUUCCAUUCGUUGUAUUGGGAAAUAAGAUUGACAUAGAAGAAUCUAGGAGAGUGGUUACUCAAAAGCGUGCUAUGAGUUGGUGUCAAUCGAAAGGAAAUGUUCCGUAUUUUGAAACAAGUGCAAAGGAGGCUAUCAAUGUCGAACAAGCAUUCCAAACUAUCGCCAAGAAUGCAUUGCAACAGGAGACUGAUCUAGAACUUUACAGUGACUUCCCAGAUCCGAUCAAGAUUGACAGUGAUCUUAACAGAUACGAUGGAUGUAAUUGUUAA